GACUGGAAGCUCUUCAGCGGUGGCCUUCAUGGCAUCUGCCCUGUCACCUUCCCGUAUGUUCCGGGCUUCGACCUUGCAGGGAAGGUGGCCAAGGUCGGAGAGGGAGUCACCAACGUCGCCGUGGGCGACGACAUUUGCGUCGACAUUGGCCUUUGCGAGACUUGCUGUAAUGACAGCCCUGCCGGCCCCGCCGGAGCCUUCGCAGAGUACGCCAUCGCGCUUGCAGACACGGUCGCAAAGCGGGAGGGCCUCAGUGCGGAGGAGCUGGUGGGCUUGCCGCUGGCAGGGCUGACCUCUUAUCAGGCGCUCUUCACCGGUGCAGGUCGCGACUUCACCGGGGCUGAGCUGGGCACGGUCGCUGAAGGCAAGAAGGUGUUGAUCCUGGGCGGUGCAGCGGCCACCGGCGCGAUCGCCAUCCAGCUGGCCAAGGCCGUCGGUGCCCACGUGGCCACCACAGCCAGCCCAAACAAGAUGCCGGAUGGAAGCAGCAAGAUCGACUACAUGAAGAAGCUAGGUGCGGACGAGGUGAUCAACUACAAGGAGGCCGACUGGUCCGAUGCCCUGGCGGGCAAGGAGUUUGACCAGGUCUACGACUGCGUCGGCACGCCGGAGGACUGA